AUGUUUAGAUCGGUUUCACUUUCAUCACUUAUACCAUUCUUAAUCAUUGUGCUGAUUGCCAUGCAAAGACCUGAAAAUGACGUUCCCAUGAUUAUGCAAUCAAGCUGGUUAGUUAAUGAAGUGAUUAAAUCUAUUAAUAGCAAUGGGCAAUAUAUCAAUGCACUAAUCAAAAAAGAUUUUCAACCAACCGUUCUACCAGUUUCGUUUAUUUUGAGAAUAUUAAAGUUUACGGCAACCACAGAUUCAAAAGACAUUACGGCAGUAUUGGCCGAUUCGACUCAUAAGAUAUUUGCUAUAUUUUUGUUUUUCCCUGCAAUUGUUGACUUUGAGAACAAGUAUCAUCACAGAAUGACUUACAAUACACGAAGCUGUUUGAUACGCAUACAUAAAGCCAAUUUGAAAUUUAUGGACAAGUCCACCGUCAAAAAGUGUUAUGGUAGGAAGAGUGAUGGAGGCUUAGCUAUUGCAGUCCUAGAAGUCUUAGAGUUCGACAUAUUCUUUAAAGAUCAAUACCUGUUUAUUAACUCAAUUGAAAACCGAUUGAAAUACGUUUAUGAUGAUGUAGAAUACAAUCAGCUAUGUGGGAAAAAGAAGCAUAAACCAGAAUAUGAGGAUUUGAUGUGUGACAUAUAA